GAAGAAAUGUAAAAAAUAAAUUUUUCCCAGUGGGAGUUGAACAGUGUGCAGACCAUUUUUUAUUUUUACGUCUUUGCAUCUGCUCUGUGAACAUGAAGCCGUGCAGUCAGGCUGAUUGGACCAAAGGCUGUAAAGGGUCAAAAUUUACAGACAUUUUCAUUUGUACUUUCGUUCAGAUCACUAAACACGAGACUGCGCCUGCAGAAAAUCACUACAAAUGUUCCUGUCUGUUAAGCAUGGCGUCUGAUUGUCAGUAAAAAUGUGAAAUAUUCACAGUAAAUGUUUGACAUGUUGAUAAUGUUUGUGGAUUUUUGUGCAUGUGAGUACGCCUCAACAUCCAUCAUCACAGCAGAAAACUCGCCGUCAAUGUAGUUGUCCGUUAAAAACGGGGUCUGAUUGUCAGUAAAAAUGUGAAAUAUUCUCUCUAAAAGUUUGACAUGUUGAUAAUGUUUGCAGAUUUUUGUCCGUGUGUGUGCGGACUCGGUGCUCACACACUGUGUGUGUUUUCUGUGUCUGCAGCUUUCAGCCUGGAGACGUGCAGACUGAUGAUCAGCAUGCUGGAUAGGGAUUUUUCGAACAGCAUGGGCUUCACCGAGUUCAAGGAGCUGUCCAACGUCCUGACCGGCUGGAGGACCACCUUCGCCUCCUACGACCGUGACCGCAGCGGGACCGUGGAGGGCCACGAGCUGCAGCAGGCCCUCGCCGCCAUGGGUUAUAAUCUGAGCCCUCAGGCCAUGAACAUCCUCAUGAAGCGCUACAGCUCCAACGGCAGAAUCACCUUCGAUGAUUUCAUCAGCUGCUGCGUGAGACUGCGUGCGCUGACAGAUCAGUUCCAAAGGAGAGACACGACCCGAAACGGCCAGGCCACAUUUCACUACGAUGACUUUAUCCAGGUCACCAUGAGCAUCUGAAGAGGAGACAGAAACACGCUCCGCCUGUGAUAUCCUCUCAUAUUUACCGCAGUACUUCCACCGUCUGUUUUCUGUUGUUUAACCAUGUUAAAAUGUUACAUUCCAUUUUACCACUAACCUUUUCAAAAAAAUACAAUUUUAUUGUAACAAACUAAUAAGAACAAUGUAAUCUCAGGCUGAAC